AUGCCUUCGAAAUGCUUCUUUGAGUUUGAUCGCCCUGAUCUAAUUUUGUAUAGUGGAGAAACGAUCAACGGGCGGGUUACCACAACAACGUCUGAAAAAUCUGUAAACGUGAUUUACGUACUCUUCGAGGGCGAGGCAAAGGUUCACUGGGGAGAAAGCAGGACCAUGACCGUAAAUGGGCAGACGCAGCAGUACACGCAGCAUUUCCGGGGGAAACAGACGUACGUAAACACCCGUAACAACGUCUUUGGAUCCGGAAACUUUCCAGCCGGUACGCAUACCUACUCCUUCUGUAUUCCCCUACCACCGGACUGUCCCUCUUCAGUGGUGGGGCAGUACGGGAAGAUCAGCUACGAAAUCUCUCUGGUAGUCGACCGCCAUUGGCGUUUUAACAACGUCUUCAAAAAGUCGCUGACGGUACUGCAAACCUACAACCUCAACAUGAGUCCUGAAUUGUUGGUUUCUUUGAUGCGUGAGGACAUCAAGCACUUCUGCUGUUGGCCUUGCAGAUCGGGACCGGUUCUUUCGACCCUCACAAUACCCUUCGGCGGCUACGCACCUGGCCAGAAAAUCCACAUCACCCUGGAAAUCGACAACCAAUCGAGUGGCUAUGAUCCGGAAGGCAUCGAAGUAAAGCUUAAGCAGAUCUACACGUUCCAGGCUCAAACCCCGCGUCACAAAACGCGGGAGAAGGAGCACAGCCUGAGGCAAAGCUGUCAGGAGGAACGGGUGUUGCGACUAUUAAAAAGGAUAAUCAAUUACACCCUGGCCAUUCCUUCGGUACCACCAUCCACCCGCACGGAAGGUCACAUCAUAUUAGUGAGCUAUCGGGUGAUCAUGUCGCUAAAAAUGGGCCACUGCAACGUCGACUCGGACCUUGAGGUACCGAUUGUCAUUGGCACUAUUCCAUUGGUCCAGAGCGCAGAGAACCCAUCCCGGAACGCUGAGAUCUUGGAAAAGCCACCGACUUUCGAAGAGGCCACCAACUUCGGGGAGAGGUUUAUUGACAUCGAUGCGGACGAGCACAAUCGUUCGGAUGAUUUCAUACCGCGUUAUCCGAUGUACACAAACUUUGCUUUGCCAUCAGCACCCCCACUUCCUGCCGAAGAAUCCAUUACUUAUCCUCAAUAA